GAAAAAAUGUUCAAACGCGCCCUUGCUCAAUCUCAAAGACUCGCCUUCAGAUCCUCCACUGCUCCACAAUUUAAUUUGGCUGCCUCCCAAAGACUCUUCUCUACUUCCCAAAAUCCAAUGGCUGGAAAGUUGGAAGGAAAGGUUUGUCUCGUUACUGGUGCUGGAAGUGGUAUCGGAAAGGGUAUUGCUCAAUUAUUUGCUAAAGAAGGAGGUAAAGUCGUUGUUGGAGAUUUGAACUUGGCUGCUGCUCAAGCAACUGUUGCUGGUCUUGACAAUGCUACACAACACUUGGCUGUUGGUAUGGAUGUUACCAAGGAACAAGUUGUUACUGAAACCUAUGAAGCUAUUAAGAAGCAUUUCGGUAAGCCAAUCGACGUUGUAAUUUGUAAUGCUGGUGUUCAACAUAUUGACCCAGUUGACAAAUUGAGUUUUGAUAAUUGGAGAAAGAUUGUUUCUGUUCAUUUGGAUGCUGCUUUCUUGUGUACUCGUGAAGCUUUGAAGCAAAUGUACGAACAAAAGUAUGGUAAGAUUAUCUAUAUUGGUUCAGUUCACUCAAAGCUUGCUUCUCCAUUGAAGGCUCCAUACGUUUCUGCUAAACAUGGUGUUUUGGGUUUGUGUCGUGCUGUUGCUAAGGAAGGUGCUAAGAAGGGUGUUAGUGCCAACGUUAUUUGUCCAGGUUUCGUUUUGACUCCUCUUGUUGAAAAGCAAAUUCCAGAACAAGCUAAGGAAUUGGGCAUUAGUGAACAAGAAGUUGUUAAGAAUAUCAUGUUAAAAGACACUGUUGAUGGUGAAUUUACUACAAUUGAUGAUGUUGCUCAAGCUACUUUAUUCUUUGCUUCACAUCCAACUAAUGCUUUAACUGGUCAAUCAAUGAUUGUUUCACAUGGUUGGUAUAUGCAAUAAAUUAUCCUCCGUGAAGAGUUGAAAUG